UUCGAGGCUCAGAUGUUGUUGAAGUGCAGAAUUUCAGACCAGCUACAACAGAUGACAUAGGAAGUGUUCAUGCUGGGCCCUAUAUUUCAGGGCUUGAGAAGGCUAUGGAUCAAGCUUCAGAGAAAGGUCUAAUUUUCAUUGAUGGAUCUGGACCCACAUAUGCUACUGCCACAACGUUCCAAGAGUCGUUAUUGGCAGCUGGAGCUGGGAUUUCCUUGGUUGAUUCAGUGGUUGCAGCAUCCAGAAUAAGCAAAGAUCCUCCUGUCGAUUUUGCACUAAUUCGAUCUCCUGGUCACCAUGCUGUUCCAAAGGGGGCCAUGGGCUUUUGUGUGUUUGGAAAUAUUGCUAUUGCUGCUCGUUAUGCUCAAAGAAUGCAUGGAUUGAAAUGUGUUUUUAUCAUAGACUUUGAUGUUCAUCAUGGAAAUGGAAACAAUGAUGCCUUCUACGAGGACCCAGAUAUAUUUUUCCUUUCAACUCACCAAGCUGGAAGUUAUCCAGGGACUGGUAAGAUAGAUCAAAUUGGAAGUGGAAAUGGUGAAGGAUCAACACUAACUCUCCCUUUACCUGGAGGAUCAGGUGAUACAGCAAUGCGAACAGUUUUUGAUGAAGUUAUUGCACCAUGUGCUCAAAGGUUCAAGCCAGAUAUAAUCCUUGUUUCAGCUGGGUUUGAUGCCCAUCUGUUGGAUCCACUUGCUAGCUUACAGUUCACAACAGGAACAUAUUACAUGCUAGCCUCCAGCAUUAAGCAACUUGCAAAAGAUUUGUGUGGGGGACGUUGCGUGUUUUUCUUAGAAGGGGGAUAUAAUCUCAGUUCUCUGUCAAAUUCAGUUGCAGAAUCAUUUCGUGCUUUUCUUGGGGAUCGGAGCUUGGCUUCAGAGCUAGAUGAUCCAUCCUAUUUGCACGAAGAACCAUUGAAGAAGGUGAAGCAGAUAAUUGAAAAAGUGAAGCACAUACAUUCCUUUUGAAAACUUAUAUUGACAGUGGUCUAGA